UUCUCUUAUAUUUUCGUCUAGAAUUUUAUUGAUCAUAUUAAAUUUCUUAGUUUUUGAUUGAUUAUUCAAUCGAAUUAGUUGAAGAAAAAUGUUUCUAGUAGAUUGGUUCUAUGAUAUAUUAGCAACACUAGGAAUAUGGCAAAAAGAAGCUAAAAUCUUGUUUUUGGGCCUUGAUAAUGCUGGCAAGACUACUUUGCUUCAAAUGUUGAAAGACGAGAGAUUGGUGCAACAUCAACCAACACAACAACCUACAUCAGAAGAAUUGAGUAUUGGAAGGGUUAAUUUUAAGGCUUUUGAUUUGGGUGGCCAUAGAAUUGCUCGUCGAAUUUGGAAGGAUUAUUAUACUCAGGUGGACGCUGUUAUCUACCUAGUUGAUGCUAGUGACAGAGAAAGGUUCUCGGAGUCUAAGAUGGAGCUCAAUGCACUUCUUACCGAAGAAACACUAUAUAAGGUCCCGUUCCUCAUCCUAGGCAACAAGAUCGACCUCUUAAAGGCCGCCUCGGAGAGUGACUUGAUUUACGAGUUGGAUCUGAUGAACUGCACGACGGGUAAGGGUAGAGUUAACAUUGAGGAUGAUAGCAAUGUACGUCCGUUGGAGGUUUUCAUGUGUAGUGUUGUUCGUAAGAUGGGGUAUGGAGAGGGUUUUAAGUGGCUCACUCAAUACCUUUAAUUCAUUCUCUUUUUAUUGUCGAGAAAGACUAGUUAGGUUGAUUCUUGUUGAGAAAGGUUUUCUAAUUUGUAACACGUACUUAUAAAGUACUCGGUACUUGUCUUUAUUUCAUACAUAUUAAUCAAUAUAAA